CCCGAUCCCGGGGCCGCGCUGCCCGAGUCUCCCCCCGAUCCCCGGGGCCGCGCUGCCCGAGUCUCCCCCCGAUCCCCGGGGCCGCGCUGCCCGAGUCUCCCCCCGAUCCCCGGGGCCGCGCUGCCCGAGUCUCCCCCCGAUCCCGGGGCCGCGCUGCCCGAGUCUCCCCUCAAUCCCCGGGGACUCUCUAAUUCUCUGCUUCUCCCCCCAGUCUCUGCCACCCUGGAUGUGGAAACGGCGAAUCCGCGGCUCAAGGUGUCUGAGGAUCGGAAGAGUGUGAGAUGGACCGAGACCUGGAGGAAUCUCCCUGACACCGGGAAGAGGUUCACAGACUGGGCCUGUGUGCUGGGAUCGGAGGGAUUCACAUCGGGGAGACAUUACUGGGAGGUGGAGGUGACGGGGAAUCAGAGCUGGAGUCUGGGAGUCGCCGCAGAGUCUGUGGAGAGGAAGGAACGGGUCACACUGAGUCCUGAGAACGGAUUCUGGAUCACUGGAAGGGUUGAUGACAAGAUGAAGGUUCUCACCUCCCCUGAGUCCCGUCUCCCUGCCGGUCCCAUCCCCGGGAGGGUGGGAGUUUAUCUCAGUUACGAGUCCGGGACAGUUUCAUUUUACAACGCGGAGACCAAGUCCCAUCUCCACACCUUCACCGGGAAUAAAUUCACGGAGAAACUUUAUCCUUUGUUCUGGAUUGGGAGUGUAUACCAGUGGCUGAGAAUCUGCUCCGGCUCCGCUCCGGGUCUGUAAACGGGUCGGGUCCGGGACCGGCAUCAGGAGUAAGUCAGUGUAAAUAUAAAUGUGCGGAAAGUGAAAUAAACACGAUGUGGAAAUUAUCGAACCAUUAA